GACCACUUCCACCAGCCACCGACCACCGCCACCCAUACCCACCUCCCCCAUACCCUCACACUUGCACACACCCCACACUCGCACACACCCCACACUCGUUCACUCGCACACUCGCACAUACACACGUGUACCAACCAUGCGCCGCAGAGGUGGCAUCGGUGGCAUCCAGCGCCGCCAGCAGCAGAAGAAACGGUUCGAGGACGUCGGCGCAUCGGUGGAGGAGGCCAAGGUGCAGAACGUGCGCGAGCAGCUGGAGGUCUUCCAGUCGUCGCUGGCCUCAUUUGCGGCGCAGUACAAGAGCGACAUCAACCGCAACCCGGCCUUCCGUAUGCACUUUCAGCGCAUGUGCGCAGACAUCGGCGUCGACACCCUGCAGUCGGAAAGUCGUUCUGGUCAAAGCUCCUCGGCCUCGGUGACUUUUACUACGAGCUCGGCGUCCAGAUCGUCGACGUCUGCCUCUCCACCCGCGCCGCAAACGGCGGCCUCAUCCUCAUGGACGAGCUCAAGCGCCGUCUUCAGACCCGCCGCGCCGCCACCGCCCAGGAAAUCACUGAGGACGACAUCGAGCGCGCCAUCAAGAAGCUGCGCGUCCUUGGCAACGGCUACGCCAUCCUCAACGUCGGUGCAUCCAAGCUCAUCCAAUCGGUCCCGUGCGAGCUCAACAUCGACCACUCCUCCGUCCUGCUCCUUGCCCAGGACUCGGCCUCGGUCACGCGCUCCUCCAUCAAGGAUGCCCUCUCCUGGCCCGACCACCGCAUCUCUGCCGUCCUCGAUCUACUUGUCCAGGAGGGCAUGGCCUGGGUCGACGAGCAGGGGAAGGAGCCGUCGUACUGGUUCCCUUCGCUCUGGGACGAUUGACGCCACAGAUAACCGCUGGAUGCGAUCGAUCGCUCCCAGAGUGACCCCAGUCUAGUCAGGAAACUACCAGGUGAAGCCAAGCCCAAGCCGUCCGUCCGGGCGCGCGCGUGUGUGUGUCGCCGCGGAAUGAACAUCGACGAGCUCAG